AUGCAAGAGAAGCGCCUAGCAAUGGACUUGGUGGAGUACCCCACAAGAGGUACGGGAAGCGGGAAGAUCAGUCGGGGGUGCCUGCGAGCGGAUGUACCUCGCUCAGCGCGGGAGACCAGGGGGAUGGUACGGGCGUCCUUCAACGACGUCACGCAUGCGCGGACCUAG